CUGCAACCGAAUAUUCUUGGAAGAGAAGAAAGCACGCAUUUGUCAUAAAAACACAAUCCACACAGAGCACCAUGACCACGAGCGAUUCGAUUACCGGGCUGGGUGUCCGCAAGCGCAUCAAGGAAGUGACGCAUCGUGCCAAAGAUCGCGCCAAGGAGGCGACUCAUCGAGCCAAAGAACGGCUUCAUCCUCAUGAAGGGCCCCAGUUUGGACCCAAAGAUCGACAAGAAUCCGAGGCCGAAAGCGCCAUCUCGGCCGAAAGCGCCAUCUCUGGCGAUGUCAUGGAGGGCAGUAGUGUCAAUAGCAGUACUGCAACUGUCAAAAUUGCAACGACGAGUCGAGAAGUACUUUUGUCGCCGCCCGAAACAACCACAACGCCAAAAGAAGAAAAAGCCCCUUUGGGUGGGGGUAAUUCUGACUUGAUAGGGAUAGGGUUAACCUCUGUUGCCACAGUCCCUCUGUUGGCCAUGAUGAUAGCUAAGGAUGACAAUGGGAUAUCCGUGUCCACCACUGUCUCCAUACCCAUACUACUGUAUGGGAUGGUUCUGGGGCUAAUGGCGGGUGUAUUGGUUGGCCGGGCAUCCAAGGAUAGACAAGCAGCCAGUACCUCUGUCGCCCCUGCAGAGUCUGCACCACCACAUGAGGAAGCCAAUGCCGAAGCUGAGGCCGAAGAAGAGCCCAUGCUUGUUUCCGAGAGAUCAGCAGAUGUCGACGUAGUAGUAGAAGACCAUUAUGACAAUCAGCCACGUACGACAAAAAAGAACAAGCUUAGAAGCGCGACAAAGUAUGCCACCAAGCUUCCUGCCAAAAUCACCGACAAUGUCAAAGAGUUGAUCCACCAGGGUAUGACAGUCGCUCCUUGGACGGCACUUUCCAAUUCCUCGCAACUCAAUCUUCCCGAAUGGCAAAGGCCACAACUUACGAAAGUAACUGGUACCACCAGCCGCGCCCUGAUGAACCAAAUACAUCACAUGAGCAAAAGCUAUAGGAAACAACAGCAACCAAAGGAACAACGGCCGGAUACACUCAAUCGUCAGGGUGGACAACGGUUUGCAUCCGACAGCACACCUCCAAGCGAACGUCCAACCACAUCUGAGGAGGAUGCCCAACGACACCAAAUUGGACGAUUCGACGUCAAGGAAGAAGAAGUGGCUACUCUGGAAGAUGUCAUUGUUCCGGCCAUGAAACUGCGUGGACUCGAUGUCUUUAUCGCCGACGAAGAAGUGGGAGAGGGGCAAACCAAUCUCGGCGAGCAUCCGUAUCUCCUGGAACACGGGCUUCGUGACACACCCACUCUCAUGGUCAAUAUGAUUACCGGAUUUGGCAAUCAUAUUCUCUAUCUGCAACUUCCCAGUUACGUCACACAACUGCAUGAUUUGGUCGAAGAAGAGGACGAUGACGAUGAAGUCAAGGCUGUCAAACGUUUCAUCAAUGGCGAUGACGAAUACCGGAAUGAUCGACUCAAAGUACUGCCUUCUGUGGCGGAAGCACCCUUUGCCAUUCGCGUCAUUGCACCGGCCAAAAAAGAAGUCAUUAUCCAUUGUAUGUACGUUCCCUGCAGUUGGCGCAAACACGAAGCAUCGGUCGACCCCGCAACGGGCAAACAGCUGCAUCCACUACUGGAAGUCGAAGUCGAUUGUAUGAGCGACAAGUGGGUCCGAUCCAUUGUUAAUCUAUGUGUCAAACACACGGCGCAUGUCAUUGUCGAUGUCGGCCUAGUCAUUCAACUACGACAAGAUUUUCAAGAUGACCCAGAAAUUGAUACAACGGAUGAACCCGAGGCGUGUAUCGGCAUGUUUCGAAUGGCCAAGGUGGACAUGCACAAAUGCCCGGCUCUGCCACCCAACAAUUCCGAUUCCGAUAGCUUUACAGAGGAUGAGCUGCGGGCGAGCCGCAUUGUAGGCGUGAACAUGGAACAGCUGCGGGAAAUGGCCAAAGAACACAAGGAGCUGGGUGCGGCUGCUCCCGGUCGAUACGACGCGAAUCGGGGGGCAGUCAAGUUGUAACCUUAAAUAACAACCAGAGUGCUGCUUGUUUUGCACAAGAUUUUGUUUGGAUGAUACGGUACAAGCGAGACCAACCUGCACAAUGAGACAUACCCUGGUAAACUCUGCCUUCGAACGUAUAUCCGACGGCAGCUACGGUAUCGUUCUUUUCCCCAACAAACAACUUGCAUUAGAGGUCGAUCCACUAGCUAGCUAGCUACAGCACCACGAGGGAUUGAAAAUUCGAACCUUGGCCCGGCACCCUUUGCGUACGGUUGUUGAAAAGGUGUGAACUUGAACGCACAAUUUCUCUAAUUUAAUCAAUAUCCUUCCAGCUCU